AUGGUUGUGAAAAUGAAACAGAUCAUGCGGUGGCCACCGUGGCCUCCUCUCUUCGCCGUGAAAUUCGACGUGAUCAUCGUCGUUCACAGAAUCGAGGGUUUGAAUUCUGAAGCCGAUUGCGAUGGUAACAAUAACAACCAACAGUGCGUUGGCGGGACAACCACCACCGCGACGAGGAAGAGACCCGUCGUGGAGAUCAAAUGGAGAGGACCCAGAGCGGUGACUCUAAAACGCUCCGUCGAGCGGAGUUACACAGAAGAAGGUGGGUUUCGCGGCGACGGCGUGGUGGAGUGGAACGAGGAGUUUAAAAGGGUUUGUGAGUUCUCGGUUUAUAAGGAAGGAGAGUUUCUUCCUUGGCUCGUUUCCUUCACCGUCUUCAAUGGAUUGAAUCAAGGAACGAAGGAGAAAGUUCGUAGCUUUGGACAAGCAUCACUGAACAUUGCAGAGUACUUUUCAUUGAUGAAAGAAGAUGAUAUUCAAGUCAAAGUGCCUCUUAAGAUGCGUGGCUCUUCUUCUUCAUUACCACCAUGCCUUCAUGUUUCUCUUCAGUUUUCCUCUAAAGAAACAUUACCUGAAAGACAGAGAUCUGCUCUUCCUGUUCUGUGGUCUCCUCUCUCCGCAGAAGCCGAGAAGGCCGAGUCUGUUGUCAAAGUAGGCCUUAGAAAGAUGAAAACAUUCAACCACUGUAUGUUAAUUCGCCAGGCUUCUGAGAAAGAGACUAGUAAAAAAGAUGGCGGAAGCAGCGGAAGUGAAACCAGAAGCCCUCAGAGAAACCUUGAUUCUGAGUCUUCUUAUCCUUUUGACACAGAUUCUCAAGAUGAAGGAGAUGCUGCUGCGGAUGAAUCAGAAGAGAACAAUGCAAUUAGUGUGGUUGAUCCUGUUGUUACUUACAAAACACUAAGAUACGCUAAUUGGGCUAGAGGAUCUUUUCAUGCUGGUACAAACCCUGAAGAUGAUGAUUUGAUAUAUUACAGCCACCGCAGCCCAUCAGCGGAGAGAGAGGACGAGGUUUUGAAUGAUGCAGUGAGCUCUGAGCAGGCGGAUGGACAGAUGUUAAAGAAGAGAAUGUUGUCCUGGAAGAAGAGAAAGCUCAGUUUUAGAUCUUCUAAACAGAAAGGAGAACCACUUCUUAAAAAGGACUGCCUUGAAGAAGGAGGUGAUGAUAUUGAUUAUGACCGUAGACAGCUUAGCUCAUCUGAUGAGUCUACCUCUGAUUGGUAUAGGUCUGAUGAUUCAGUAAUGAAACCAUUGUCCGAGUUUGGAGACGAUGACUUUGUUGUUGGUAGUUGGGAGACGAGAGAUAUUAUAAGCCGUGAUGGGCUGAUGAAACUCAAGGCUCAAGUGUUUCUAGCUUCAAUAGAUCAAAGAAGCGAGAGGGCUGCUGGAGAAAGCGCAUGCACAGCUUUGGUUGCAGUGAUGGCGCACUGGUUAGGAUCAAACAGAGACAUAAUCCCAACGAGGUCAGAGUUUGACAGUCUUAUCAGAGAAGGAUCAUCCGAGUGGAGGAACUUGUGUGAAAACGAGGAGUACAGGGAACGGUUUCCUGACAAACAUUUUGAUCUGGAGACUGUUCUUCAGGCUAAGAUCAGACCUAUCUGUGUAGUCCAAGAGAAAUCAUUCGUCGGUAUCUGGGAAGAGAUCAUGAAGCACGAACCGGAAGAGUCAGGAAGCGAGCCUGUCAUCUACAUUGUGAGCUGGAAUGAUCAUUUCUUCGUCCUUCUCGUUGACCACGAUGCUUAUUACAUCAUAGACACACUUGGAGAGAGGCUUUACGAGGGUUGCAACCAAGCAUAUGUAUUGAAGUUUGACAAAGAUGCAGAGAUCCGGAGAUUGAAGCCAGAGGUUAAGGAAAAGGAUGCCGACCAAGGAAACAAGAAAGCAGAAGGUAAGAACAAGUCAGAGCAAAUGGAGAGAUCAACAGAAACAGAAGAACAAGAAGAAGAAGUAGUGUGUAGUAGAGGUAAAGAGUCAUGCAGAGAGUAUAUAAAGAGCUUUCUAGCUGCGAUUCCAAUACAACAAGUUAAAGCUGAUAUGAAGAAAGGACUGGUUUCCUCUUUGCAUCACCGUCUUCAAAUCGAGCUUCACUUCACAAGGCACCUCCAGCAGCAAGAACCAAAUCUGCUGCUGCUUGAAUCGUCUGCAAGUGAAGCAAAUGUGUCUGAAGCAGAUGUGGGUUGGUCACUGGUGAGUCAAUACAGCAAUAGUGGUGGGUUUGGUUGUGAAAUGACUGAGCUUGUGGGAGUUGAAGUUUGAGAGACAUUAAAGUGUAUAGCUGUGGUGUUUUAUAACUCCUUUAAUUUCCUUUUGACUUUUUUUUUGUUGUGUGGAUAAAGUUUGGUGUUUGAUAAUGUCAGAGAAAGACUUUUCUUCCUCUCCUACAAUAAUGUGUACUGAGGAAACUUACUCCAGAGAAUAUUGUUAUUAUUAUUAUUCAAUAAAAUCAGUGAUUAACUU